CAUAUCUCAUCCCCACUCAGCUCACCAAACCAAAAGAAUAAAAUAAAAGAGAAGCGGAGCUGCGGAAGGGAGAAGGCGACGGCAGACCGACGCCUCCGUCUUCCUGCAAUCCCAAGACUGUACCUGUGCCACAACAUAGAAAGAGGCUAUGGAGAAUGAAGUUGAGGAUAGGGAGUUGUUGACCCUGAAGAGUCAGCUCAAUGAGACAAACAUCACUUGGAAGCAGGAGUUGGAGAGGCAUCAAUCUCAAGUUGAAACUUUACAAGAAAAACUUUUGGAGGUUAAGGCUAACAUCCAAUGUUCUGAGGAUGAAGUGAACAAAGAGUUAGAAUUUCUUUGGCGCAGAGUCAAAACUACCACAACAUUGCUGACCUACUUGAAAUCAAAGGCGAAAAUUAUUUCUGUUCCUCAUUUAGCCUAUGCUUCAUGUGGGAUUAAACAUCAAGAGGGGGUAGGGUUUAUUGACAAGCAUGGCAUACCAUUAUCUGGUUGGUCUAAGGAUAUUGAUCUUUCUUCUUUUGAAAGUUCAGACGAGGAGAUGCAUUUGGCAGGUACCAUUGACCUCGGAUCUGUUGAUGCUAAUGACAGAGCCUAUAUUGGCAACAUAUUGAAGUUAGUUCAUGUUGUAACGGAUGUUAUGGAAUCUCUUGUUAAGAGGGUUAUAAUGGCAGAAAAUGAAGCUGCUACUGAAAAAGAACAAGUGAAGUUUGGUUUGGAAGAAAUUAAAAAGAAAACACUCCAAAUUGAGAGCCUGUCGGCAAAAGUUGAAGAGAUGGAGAAGUUUGCAGUGAGUACAAAUAGUGUUUUGAAUGAAAUGCGGCAGAAGGUUGAAGAUAUGGUGCAAGAAACAUCUAGACAAAGACAACGGGCUGCAGAAAAUGAACAGGAGCUUUGUCGUUUGAAGCAGGAUUUUGAGUCACUGAGAUCCUAUGUUAGCAGUCUCAUCAGUGUUAGAGAAACCCUUCUUUCAUCAGAGAAGCAAUUUCAGACAAUUGAGAAACUUUUUGACAGGCUAAUUGCCAAGACCACUCAUCUGGAGAAUGAGAAGAUGCAGAAAGAGGCUGAAGUUCAGAAGCUCAUGGAGGAGAAUGUUAGUCUGAGAGCUUUGUUGGACAAGAAGGAGGCACAAUUGCUGGCCAUGAAUGAACAGUGCAAGUUCAUGGCAUUGAAUAAUUCUAGCAUAUAGUUCAUCAUUUACAAUCCAUUUUUCAAACCAAAGGCUGCCUUAUAAUGAUUCACGGGAGGUGGAGAAGCAAGACAAUCAUUUUCGAGGAUAUAUGGACAUGCUUGUAUUUAUGUCUUGCCUUUCCUUUUCAAUUGAAUCUCAGAUGGCUACUGAGUAGUUCUUAAACUUCUAAACCUUUGGAAUAACAUAAAACCUGCUGUCAUUUGUUGAAGAAAACAGCCUACCUGAAUUGUAUAGUCUUCUGUUUGCUCUUGGGUUAUGUGAUGUGUCUGUAUUAUACCUAAUAAGAAAAAGAAAAAAAGAGAAAUCUUUAUUUUCUGUUAGUUAGAUCAAUUUUUAUUGAUGUGUCCCAUGUUGAUAUACCGUGUGCCGAAUAUAGUAUGAGAACAGUGGAACCUUUUUGUGCAAGUUUUCAAUGAAAGGUGUCCUGUAAAUCAUGUGGUUUUUCUUU